AUGUCCAGCGAAGAGGAACAAAAGGUGAAACGCGUCAAGAUUGAAAACACGCAGCCAGAACAACCGUCGGAGUCCAUCUCUGGCCUGGAGAAGUCUACCAGGCCGCAGAUUCCAACCAUGACUGUUCCGCAAAGCACAACGUUGCCAUUGGAGCCAACUUUGAAACCGACAGCCGGGUCCGAGGAAUGGCAUACCUGGCGCAAGAACAACCACAAGGAAGUCGAGAAGAGAAGAAGAGAGACCAUCAACCAAGGAAUAAAAGAACUACAAGAAUUGCUACCAACGCAGGAUCAUAACAAGUCUCAGAUUCUUAAGCGUGCCGUCGAGUAUAUCAAAAGACUGAAGGAGAACGAGGACUCCAACAUUGAGAAGUGGACUUUGGAGAAGUUGAUCACCGACCAGGCUGUGAGCGAGCUUGCAAAUUCUAAUGAAAAGCUGAAGGCCGAGCUGGAAAAAACUUAUCGUGAAGCCGAAGGUUGGCGGAGAGCUUAUAACCAGUCUCAGGAGGAGCUUGCGGAGUUGAAGAAACGGCUGAAGAAAUAA